GUUCAUGGCUUUGAUGUAUUUUAUUUAAACGCAUUCUAGAGUAUACGCAUGCGCGGUUCAUCCACAGGUGUAGACUAGAGCCCUUUGCUGCGCUCAUAUUCGUGCUCGUCCGGCCGGAGGGGAGAAGGGGAUAGGACAGGAGAUGAGACCAGAACUGGGAGAUAGGGGGAGAAGGAGAGGCGAGAGUCACUUGUGCUCGAAACAGGCCCGUUAUCUGUCAGGCUGCACCGUUCCAUGUCUCGCGAGAGAAGGCGCGCUCGCUUGACGAGAUCUGAGGGGCUCAGGUGUUAGAGCACUUCUCAUCCCUCGCGCUGCCGAGCGGCAGACAGACACGCGCGACCAAGAGACUGCAGGCAUCUCCGCUGCAUCUCGUGGGCUCGAAGCUGCGCAUCAUUACCGCCGGACACACACUCACACACACAUACCCACACACCGAAAGGGGAUUUGUUUAUUGGAGUUGUUUUUUUGACAGUUCCUUUGCUGUUGUUGUUUUCUCCCCUCGACUCUCGGGCACUUUAUCUAUUUGGUUUUGAAGAGGAGAAGCUCGCAAACAUGAUGUCCAUGAACAGUAAACAGGCACAUUUCGCCAUGCAUCCGUCCUUACCGGAGCACAAGUACACGACUCUGCAUUCCAGCUCAGAAGCCAUCCGAAGAGCCUGUCUGCAAACUCCACAGCUGCAGAACAACAUAUUCGCAAGUCUGGAUGAAACUCUGUUGGCCCGUGCCGAAGCUCUGGCGGCUGUGGACAUCGCGGUGUCUCAGGGCAAGACUCACCCAUUCAAGCCGGACGCGACCUACCACACCAUGAACAGCGUGCCAUGCUCCUCUACCUCCACUGUGCCACUGGCCCAUCACCAUCAUCACCACCACCACCAUCCCCACCAGAACCUGGAACCUCCGGACCUCAUGGACCAUAUCAACUCCCAGUCGCUUAGCCUCAUGACCAGCGCGCACGACGGGGCCGGAGGUGGCGGCGGUGGGGGCGGCGGGGGUCUGAUCUCCACCUCGGCUCACCCACACUCGCACAUGCACGGCUUGAGCCACCUCUCUCAUCAGGCUGCUAUGAACAUGAAUUCGCCCCUGACACAUCACGGGCUCUUGCCCGGACACCAUGGUGGUGGUCAGGGCGCACCGGGACUCAACAAUGGACUGCCCUCAAUCACUGACUCGGACACAGACCCAAGGGAGCUAGAGGCUUUUGCGGAGCGUUUCAAACAGAGACGAAUCAAGCUCGGGGUUACCCAGGCGGACGUUGGCGGUGCCCUAGCUAACCUGAAAAUUCCCGGUGUGGGCUCGCUAAGCCAAAGUACCAUUUGUCGAUUCGAAUCGUUAACUCUGUCGCAUAACAAUAUGAUCGCACUCAAACCCAUUCUACAGGCAUGGCUGGAAGAGGCCGAGGGUGCCCAGAGAGAGAAAAUGAACAAACCCGACCUUUUUAAUGGAAGCGAGAAGAAGCGAAAGAGAACGUCAAUAGCAGCACCAGAGAAACGUUCUUUGGAGGCUUACUUUGCCGUGCAACCCCGGCCGUCCUCUGAGAAGAUAGCGGCGAUAGCAGAAAAAUUGGACCUGAAAAAGAACGUUGUGCGAGUAUGGUUUUGCAACCAAAGACAAAAACAAAAGCGGUUGAAGUUUUCGGCAGCCCACUGAUGGAUGAACACGUGUUGUUUGGACUGCAUUUGGGGACCAAGGAACAUACACACAAACAUCGUUUUCAGUCUGCUUUUGACGCGGAAGAAUUUCAAAGCGGUGUGGCUACAGACAAAUGAUUCUUACUCGGUUUUGUGAAGUUUGAUAAUCCCACCGAUUUAUUUUCACGAAACUGGUGAAUGUGAAGUAUGCAAAUAACAGGUAAUCCAGACCAACUAAUUUCACAGUUGCUCUGGCUAUACACAUACAGUCCUAGUGAUCUCUGCCUUUUGGAGAAAAAAAAACAUUGCGAUACGAAAUGAAGUUAAGCUUUACUUUUAUCGAGUUACUUUUUUCCAGUAACGCAUAUUUUAAAUGAUCAAAACAGCCAUGGAAGGAUUACCUCAUUGUUUAGCGCUAUAUGUUGUUUUACUAAUUUAUGUAUUUAUUUAUUUAUUUAUUUACUGAAAUAUGUAUGUAUUUAUUUAUCUGUUUGUAAAAGCGUUCAGAUGCUACUGAGUUUGGAUAUGCCCGAAAGCAGGCUCCAUAUUAUCAGUCUUAACCAAUUAUCAACGAGUUCUCUCAUUUGGUGUUCCAAAGGUCUGUCUCACUAGAGAAUAACAAAUAAAAAGGCACGGCAGAAGAGAUAGAAUAUAAGUCCCUUUCCUACUCUGAGGGCAAACUGAGGUUGGCCAUCACCACCCGUGUUUAUUUUGAAUUUGCACUGAAAUUUACUGUUUAGAUUGGUUAGAUUAUAUUCGAUUCUUUGUGUAUAUACAAAUGAUAACACUUGCUCACAGAACUAUAAGAGGAGUCCAAAUUUUCUUUUCAUCCAAAACAGAUGUUUCAAUAUUUUGUUGUCAUAGGUAUUUGUUGCCCAACGAAAAUGUCCAGUGAUGGACUUAUUUAACACUCGCAUGACUCAGACAGUAUACUUUAUACAUUCAGACGAAAAUGUAUUCUGAAAGAUCAAAAAAGAGAAUCUUUAUUUCUUUUGUAUAUUUUGGUUUGCAGUGCAAACAUUCUAUGCAUUUACAAAAAAAGAAGCACUACAUAGAGUAUCUACUGGUAGGCCUUUGUGGUUGGUGUAAAAUCACUGUUAAAUGCCUGUUUUCACACAUUGACACCACGUUGUUUGUCGUGUUAAUUGUUAAAAGAAAAAAAAAAGACUUAAGAAAAAAACUUUGUGUAAGUAAUAAUUUAUUUUGUGCACACGUAUGUUUACAAAUGAGGCCACAUGUGUGUCACACUUUCAUACCUGUGCACCCAUCCGUCCGUGGAGCUGUCUCCUCUGUUGUCCUCUCUUUCAGUUUUACAUGCACUCACUCCAACUUCUGUCCAUCAUUCUGUAAGCCAAAUCCAAGCAGAGGGGUCCGAGUUCCUAGCGAUCUU